AUGCACAGCAGCCCUUUGAGCGAUAGCGCUAAAACGUCUGAACCCAUAACAUCCUUAAACUCCAAACCGAAGAGCAGAGAUGAGCUGAGAACCGAUCUGCACCUCGCCUCAACUCCGGACCGUCAGACACCAGGCAGGGAAGACGACUCGGAGAACCCGGAGAGGAUCCGUGCGGUUCCGAUCCACCAGCGUCCGGACUUGCUGGUUCCCUGCGCAGACCUGGUCAACUCGGAGUGGCAGAGGAGCCAGGCCGCCCGGGUCCACUCCCUCCAGAAAUCCUGCUCCGAGUUUCCCGUCUGUCUGGUGCUGCUGCAGGGCCACGCAGGGUCAGAGACGCUCAUCGGCCACGCCCGGCUUUCCCGCGUCGUGGGCCACGGCGGCAGCCUGUUCGUGGAGUCGGUCGUCGUGUCCAGGGCCGAACGGGGGAAAGGCUACGGCCGGACGCUCAUGGAGGAGGCCGAGUGCUACGCCAAACGCAGAGGCUUCAGGCGGCUGCACCUGACCACCCACGAUAAGCAACACUUCUACGCCCAUCUGGGCUACGUGCUGUCCACGCCGGUGCAGAGCUCGGGCGCCGUGAUGGCGCUCGUUCCCGCUAACAUGCUCCUGAGACUCUCCAAACUUCCUGACGAAGAGUCUGGAGGGCAUCUUGUAGUUCAGACUUUGACUGAAACGCCCUACAGAGAUGCAAAAGGAACCCCCAUCUUUUGGAUGCAUAAGGACAUUUGA